AUCGACUCUCACUUCCGACACGCACAUGCCCGCAACUCCGUGAAGCUCUGAUAAUGCCUGCUCCGGGCGACCAAUAUCACGGCAACGUCACGAACCCUUUCGAAGAACGCGUCGUAAACGGCUUCACCGCACUCGAAAUUGCCACGCUCCAGAGUCGCCUGAACAAGCAACUUGGGCCGGAAUACAUAUCACAAAGACCGGGUAAUGGGGGUGGCAGGGUUGCAUAUCUAGAGGGGAACAAGGCUAUAGCACUGGCGAACGAGGUGUUUGGUUUUAAUGGCUGGUCUAGUUCGCUUGGGCAGGUGCAGAUCGACUACGUGGACGAGAACACUCAGAACGGCAAGGUCUGCCUCGGACUAUCGAUCGUUGUGAGGAUUACGCUCAAAGAUGGAACAUACCACGAGGACAUUGGCUAUGGCUCCAUCGAGAACGGUAAAGGCAAGGCAGCUUCGUUUGAGAAGGCGAAGAAAGAGGCAGCUACCGAUGGAUUGAAGCGCGCGCUACGCACAUUCGGCAACGUGCUCGGCAACUGUUUAUAUGACAAGACAUACCUCAAGAAAGUUCAGUCGAUGAAGGUUGAGCCUGUGAAGUUUCAGGAGGACAACCUACACCGGCAUCCCGAUUUUGCUUCAAAAGUAAAGAACGAGAUGGGAAUGGUCAAGAGGGAGCCGCAUCAGACACCGGUUAGGACCACCCCAAUGCUAAGAACGCGUACCGACCAUCUGGGGGCGUCGGUAUCAGGCGAGUUUGAUGACGAGUUCGAUGGGAACUUGUUUGACAAUGUUGAUCUCGCCGAAAAUCCUGGAGAGGAAAUCAGCUUCGAUUCAGUCGCUGCCGAGUCUGUGAAUGGCCUGAACAGUGCCACACCCAGCCGGAAUGCACCAGCGCCAAACGGAGGUCCAUCGCGACAACCCAACCCAAGAACACAAAAUGCGCCGCCCGCAAGAGGUCCGAAUGGUGUACAGCAACCACUCCCCCAAAACAAUAUGCAAAAUGGUGCCAGUAGGCCGGCUAUCAGUCCCCCGAACGCAAGAGCACCACAAACUCCCGUACAGCCUAACAACAACCGAGCUGACUUGAAUCGACAACGGAUGCAACCGCCCACCGUAGACAUUCACGCUGUCCCGAAACCUCAAAAUUCUAACCAGAACGCUCAACCAGCCGGCCCCACGCCACCGAACCAACCUCUCCGCCCAACACCACCGCAACCACAGCAACAACAGCAAUCAAAAGCGGCAGCACAAUCAGGCGCAGCACCUGCCACGAACCCUCCCUCUACUCACAAACCACCUCUCGGCUUCGUGACCUCCCGCGCCGCCGAACUCUUCCAGAACCCCGAUCCCCCAGCAUAUCUCACAAACCUCCCCGCCUUCAAUCCAAACGUCGAAUCCCCAAUACCGAAAGAGAAGCGCACCCCAGGCGUCGACCACAUGUCCAGUAAGCCCAUCAAACGCGACGCAGUAGGCGCCCCGGCACCUCCCCCACCCGCCCCCGGACCACCCGCCGGCGCUUUCAACCGGCCAGGCCCAGGACCGCGCGGAAACUCUAAUUUCGUGAAUCCGCAUCAGGAUGCGAACAGGAGGAUCGGGAUGCCGGGUGCGGGAAUGAGUCCUGGCGGUAUGAAUAGGGGACAGUACAAACCGCCGCUGAAGAGGCCGCCGCUGCAGGACGUGAGCAAUCAGACCGCUGGGGGUGGGAGUGGCGAGCCUGAGGCCAAGCGGCAGAGGAUCGAGGCGCCGGGGGCGGAGAACAAGGGGGAGGUGGUGGGGAGUUUGUAGGUUCGGUACCGAGCCUCGCUGUUGCAGAUUUGACUUGGUGUUUCCUACUGGAUUCGGCGGUGGAGUCGUAUCCGUUCUCGUGCGCCUUGGUGGGUAGGAACACGUCUUCUUCUUUGGGUCUCUAUUGGCGAAAAUAAAAGCCGAUGGGGACAUUGGCGUUCGGGAGUUCGGAUUAGAUGCUCGUUCUGAGCGCAGGCGUUACUUUCUCUACCGGUAAGGUACUUGGUCAUCAAUAUGAACGAAGGCGAGAUGCAAGAUAUUGAACAUUAUUUGAAAACGCUUUUGCAUGAAGCUGAAGCGAGUGGUUCGAAAUCGAUGUGUCCUUUGUAGUGC